AUCUCUUGCGCGAUCAAUAUCAAUUAUGAUAAUCUUCGCCGUCUUUGACGAUUUCUGUCGUCGAUGCUGGUGGAGAACAUGAUCCGGAUUGCGUCUGGUUAUGAACAUUUCGACGACAGAGCAGCAAAGGUUGGCCUCAGUUUACAUUUGGUAAGUACAAUAUUGCUUUGCAUCAAGUGUGAGGCCACCACUCGCCGUGCCGUUCGGCUGGCGCCGGCAACGCCCGGAUACCAAGUCCAUCGAGCCGGCCCGGAGGUUAGUGCACCGAUGCUUUCGUCCUGGACACGAUCACGUCCACUCCUCCUCAGCAUGAACAGCACUCGAGCCGUCUCCACGCAUCCUGGCUACCAGGGAGGUGGGCCAGGACGCGCGAGAGGGCGCGGGCGAGGAAGAGGCAUCUUCAAUGGCAAUGCCGUGGGCGAUCCUAGUGGGAUUGGCGCGGGAGGAGCGGACGCAGAACCAGGCAGCGUUCCUCGCCUUGUUGGAAACGCGAAAGCGGAGAGGCCGCGAAAACCGCCUCUGACACAUUUCUUAGCCUUGCCUCUGGGACACCAUGUCGCCCUCAGAGAGACCAUGUCAUCCUUCACAGGUGCACUCCUCGAUGCAGAGCCUGCGAUCCCAGGACUUGAUCAAUCCAUCGUGAUCCCCGCUCGCAGACUACACUUCACCCUCGGCGUCAUGUCGCUCGACCUUGAAUCCACCUCCUCUUCAAGCACAGAGUCCCCCGCGCCUGAAGAAGGAUCAUCUGUGAAGGCGCCGCCCCGACCACGGACGCUGCAGUCCGCCAUCGCUUUGCUGAACGAAAUUCGUCCGCAGGUGAUGGAGCUCCUGGGUGAGGAGCACCUACGCGUUGAGCUGCGCAACGUGGACAUCAUGAAGCCGAACAGGCGCGACCUCGAACAGGCGCACGUCAUGUGGGUUGGGCCGUCGGACGAAGGUGAUAACACACAACGGUUGAAGAGGGUCGCUAAUUUCGUGCACAAGGCUUUUAAGAAGGCAGGGCUCGUUGUGGAUGAGGGCCGACCGGGACCUUUGAAGUCCGGGAUGCCGCUCAUGGCGCUCGUGCAGCUACACUGCACGGUGCUCAACACCGUCUACCGCAAGCCACGCACGAGGAUGCGCCAGCCGUUCUCCUACCCUUCCAUCCUCCGCUCCGCCGCACUGCAGGCGGUAUCGAUCGAGACGGCCAGCACGGACGAGCAGACUCAGGGGCGGAAGCCCGUGGGCGUGGACUUUGGCGCGUGGGAGGUGGAUGAGAUACAGAUAUGCGAGAUGGGUAGCUGGGGUCCGGAGGGCGAGUAUGUGUGCGUUGGAAGGUGCUCGUUGCUGGAGGAGUCCUCGGGUUCUGCUGCUUGA